UCAUCCAGUGCGUGCUCGCUCACGUCUGGCGCUUGCGCAGUGAAGACCGGCGCUUGGCCCGAUUUCCGGCGGCGGCUGAGCGGAAGAUGGAAGAAGACGAGGUCGCGGAGAGCUGGGAGGAUGCGGCCGAUAGCGGGGAAAUAGAUCGACGGUUAGAGAAGAAGCUGCGGAUAACACAGAGGGAAAGCAAAUCGAAGUCUCCACCCAAGACGCCCGUGGUUAUUCAGGACGACUCUCUCCCAGGGUUUCCACCUCCUCAGAUCAGGAUCCUGAAGAGGCCAACUAGCAACGGAUUGUCGAGUAACCCCAAUGCCAGCAGCCGGCCGACGGUGCCCGUGAAGUCAUUGGCACAGAGGGAGGCAGAGUACGCGGAAGCAAGAAAACGUAUCCUCGGCAGCGCUAGUCCAGAAGAGGAACCAGAGAAGCCAAUUGCAGACAGGCCCACCCGAAUCAACCAGUCCGAGGACACCAGGCCAUCUAAUAGCGUGAUCCGGCAGCCGCUGGGUCCCGACGGUUCACAGGGUUUUAAACAGAUUAGAUAGAUCUACCUGGAGAAUGACGCCAUGGGCUGCAGCGGCCUGUCACACCAAUGGACACGAGCAGAGGGAGUCGCCUCAUUUACUUGCACUUUGAUGACCUUUUGCUCCGCCCACUGUGACCUUAAACCCCGUGCACUGUGACCCCACCCCCCCCUUCCGCCACCCCUGUAGCUCCGAUCACUGUGAUUGGCACAUAGCCUCAUGCUGCCCCGGGUCCUAUCACAGGGGAAAGCGUGUGCAUGUGCAGUAGAUGGGUGGGGGAGGGAGCAGGCAGAGAUGGGGGCGCCCCGUGCCUGCAACUGCCACUUCUAUGGAAGUUACCGUCAGCAAUAACGUUAUGUUAGUCCCGUCUCUAGGGGGCAGCGGGUCUCGUCUCCCCCCUACUCAUGAGUUUGAGUGCAUGUCUGCCUCCUCUGGCUGCAGAGGACUUUCCCUGGAGGAUCGGUUCCCCUUCUCUUCCUCUUUUCAGGUGUAGUGUGCAUGAGCGAGGUUUUAAUUGUUUGGAAAAAUGAGAUUAUUUUACCAGAGAGAGAGAAUAUCUAGUAUCACAAAGAGCACGGAGCGGCCGCCAUCACUGUAUGUUCCGCCGUCAGAUGCUUGAGGACAGACGGAGGUUCGGUGCUCAGGAUGGAGCCGGGUCAGGAGAGCAGCGAGGGGUUAAUGCCUGUGCUGUCCCUAGUGGACACGGAAUGGAGAAAGAAGAGCAGGUGUCUGGUGGAGCGGGCCGGACGUGGCGGAGCCUGACAUCUGUAUAUGUGCCCAUUAUUAUGUAAGGACUUGUGCAGGUGACUUCAUGUAGAGGGGCGGAGCCUAUCUUGGCGUUCACAGGUCAGAGGUCAGGGGUUAGAUUGUGCACUGAACCAGACAAAGCUCGGAGAAUCCAGAUCAAUAAUGUCAAUAUUAUUUUGUACGUCACAUGACUGCCCUCUCGGCCUCCAUAUUGUCUGGAGGGCUCUGAAUGUGUUUUGUAUGGAUGGACGGACAGUGCGGCGCCGCACGCUGCGUUCUCUCUCUAAUUUGUGUAUAUUUUAGAGGCAUUUGUUCUUUUUGUAAUCAUGGGCUUACGUGUAAUUCUCCCCGAACGGUGUGGAGUGAAGCUCCCGUGUACUUGAGAUGCCAACCUGUCCCCUCCGGCCGCUAAAGUGUCUGCAAGGAAAAAAGGGGGGAAAAAUACAGAGACUAAAGGUGCCUUAUAUAAGACGCAGCUACUGACACAUUCCCCACCAAACCUCACCAGGAUCUGACCUAUCAAAAUGGACCCGUCACCUGCAAACCGCGCAGCCGCCAUGUUACGUACGCUGCACCGACGCCAGCAACAGGUUAAAUGUCGGCGGUAUCGGAAUUCGUCCACACGGGACGGGUCCAUUUUUUUUUUUUCCUCCUUUUUAUUAAUAUCCGUUUGUUUCUUUUCUAGGACUCUUGAUGUGUGAAUGUUUUAGUAGCUCUUUUAUAUAAGUCCAGAGAUUUGUAAUAAUGAAUUUCGCUUCAGGAAAGUUGUCGGCCUUAACCCAAUAAACCAGAAUGUAAAACAACUUGUCCCGUCUUGUAUUCUGCUUUUACACCACAGUCUGCAAGAAAUGGCGUCAUGGUUUAUCCUCCAGUCACAUCCAGAGCUGCUUUCUGUUGGAUUCUGUGGAGUAGUGCGCCCUCUCCUGGUGCCCUACACUUACUACAUAAAUGAUUUGAUGGAAAAUGCCUGAAUGUUAGGGAUCUAGAGCAGCCGUCUCCAAACUGUGAACCUCCAGCAUUUGCAAACUACAACUCCUAGCAUGCUCACAUAGCAACAGCUGGAGAGCCACUCAAAGCAAGCCUGUUGUUAAUGGGAGUUGUAGUCCUACUGCAGUGUGCUGUAGUGCAAUGGUCUCCAUAACUGUGGAUCUCCCAGAUGUUGCAAAACUACA